CUCCCUGGCUUGAGACAAUGUCCGCCUUCCGCCUUGCUCUUCCUGCUCUCCGUCGACCUCGCUCUCCUUCACGCCCACUUCCGCAUACUCACAUACGUACACGCGCACACCCACACCCACUCUCUUAACGCCCUCGCUUGCACACGUCCCCAUUCUUUCCAUCUUCUGCGCGUCUCUCACAAAUCACUACUGGCCCCGCCACCACAACCAACACCACUCCUAGAUCAAAGCAGCCGAUUCUGCCUCUGACCUCUCCGCGUCUCUCCUCCACGGACAAUGCGCUCGUUGGACAUGCUGUCGCUCUCGCUUUUGACUUCCACUACCUGAUAUUUCUCUCCACGCACUCGCUCGCCUGUUGCCGCGCUGUGAACGGAGCGUGCCUUCCAAGUCACUGGCGUGGCCACAUCGAGUCGUACGUACGACGUGCAGGCACAAGUUGACUGCCUCACUUGGCGCGCCUCCGCUCCGCACCCGCUGCAACCAUGGUACUGCGACCUGCGACUCCGCUCUCGGUGCUUUUCUUCGCCGCCUUCGCGCUCCUGCUCAUCUCUGCGCUGUCGACACCCGUCAUAAAGGCCAUACCGCUUGCUUCGUUCAAUGGAUAUACCUUUGGCGUUUGGGGUUACUGCAAAGGCUCGGAUUGCAGUGCCAUCAAGAUCGGUUAUGACAUGCAAAGCCUAGCUGGUAUAACGAACAGCGACUUUUCCUUGCCAGAAAGCACGCGCAAUUCGCUAUCGCCUAUUCUAGUCAUCCAUCCUGUCGCCGCUUUUCUCAGCCUGAUAUGCACUAUACUAGCCAUUGCCGCCCACUUCCACUCUCCGGCCCAUUCCCCUCGCUUUCUGCUCGGUCUAUUCAUCCUCAGCAUACCCACGCUUCUUGUUUCGCUUCUGGCAUUCCUUGUCGAUAUUUUGCUUUUUCUCCCACAUGUAUCGUGGGGAGGAUGGGUUGUCGUUGCCGCCACCGCCAUCAUUGGCGUUUCAGGCUUGGUGACUUGUGGCAUGCGACGCUCCCUAGUGAGCAGAAAAGCGCGACGAAAGAGAAUACAGGAGAAUGCCGAGAUGAACGGCCAAAACUACUACAAUAAUUUUGGAGCAAAGCAGGCGUCCGAGCCUGCAGUUGCGACCUCAGUGGUUGAAUCCUUACCAAGGGCUGAAUCUCCACCUCCUCUGACAGGCGGCUCGACCGUGCCACUGAACUCGGCUCAAAGUGUUCCUUUUGGCGCGUAUGAUGCCAAGGCUGUCCCUUCAGAUGACAGGAUACCUUUGAACACAGCCGUGGCCCCUCCAGCAAUGGCAGGCGGUCAAGCAUACGGAGGCCCGAUGCGACCUCGCAAUGGCUCAGUCAAUCAACAGUCAGAAGAGUACGGAAACACUGUGAUGGCUAUGGGUCGACCGUCCCUAGAAUCUAAUAGAUCGAAUUCCUCAUUUAACGGCAGGGGUGGGCGAGGAGGCUAUCCUACCAGCAGAGGUGGGUACCCUCCAAGAGGCGGUCCAAUGAUGCGUGGCGGGCCGCCAGGCAUGCGAGGAAGCUACCGUGGAAGAAGUGGACCUAUGAUAGGAAGGGUUCCUCCACCUCCAGGCUAUGGUCCACAAGAUCGAUACAACCCCUCGCCAUAUGAAAUGGGACCGAGCUCUAGAGGAAUAUCUCCUGCUGUGGCUCGCCCGCAGGAAAUCGCAAUCGGUCAAGCUGUGGAGAUGGACGCGAACAUUGGCGUCCCUUCGCCUGCUCGUUCGCCGGUUGAAACAACGCCACCAGAUGAGUAUAUUCCAGUGCGCUCACAGUGGAUUCAAAGACAACCGGCUCCAAACAUUAAUACCAAUGUAACCGGCAAUCGAGCAUUGUCACCUAUCCAAGCAUCUCCUAACUCCGUGAGCAAGUAUUCUCAGAGUCAGGCGCUAGGUCACGCACGCACAGCAUCCGGAUCGUAUUACGAAGAUGUUGACCCUCAGUUCGCCGAAGUCCCUCCAGCUGCGUCGACUGUUCCUCCGCCGAUGUUGACUGCUAGCUCUGCAGCAAUACCUCCAGUCCUCAUGACAGGAGGGGCAACUGAGCUGCAAAGGGGCCCACCCUUAAGUAACACGAACUAUCAACCCAGCGAGGCCGUGCCUCCUUUACCUUUAGACACACUGCGACAGGAAUCGCAGGAAUCUUUGCAAGAAGGACAGCGUAGUCCAGCUACGAGCGACACGAGUCACUUCACUUCUGUCUCACAGCGCGGCAUUAACCCCGCCUGGAGACCGGGCAUGCCACCAUCAGGCAGAGGGCCUCCGCCACCGCGUCCGUCAGACAUGCUCCUGAAUUCAAACCCCGAUUUCUCAUUACCCGGGAUGGGCCCAACAGGCCGAGGACGAGGCGGCUUCCGCGGAAGAGGCGGCGGAGGCAUGGGACCCGGACGUCGAAGCCCUGCGAUGGGUAUGAGUAUGGGUGGCGGCUUAGGCCAGCCAAGCAGGUAUCCAAUGCCCUAGUUUCCAUGAGUCUUGUUGAAAUCUCUUGGAGUGCGCUCGCUGGCCUUCACUCAUUCAAUCUUCAGUUUCUCAUGCCUUUACAAUUGCAUAGCCUUCGCACUGCUUCUUCAGUUUGAGCAUCGCCAUGUGUUUUUCCAGAGCAAUCUCUAUCUUUGUACAUAAUCAUAUCUUAUUUUUCUCGUCCUGAGCAUCGCAUUCUUUAUGAAACAUGUAAACUUCGUUUGGUUUGCGGUUUUCUAUACGUUUCGCGGCUCGUUGGCAUGUCGCGACAGUUGACAUGGGCCCGCGGGUAAACGAUUGGCAGCAACGAUUAUGAGUGCGUGACUUGAACAUCACACACGGGGCGUUCGGGAAGGAAACAAGAAAACGGAAGUCUUCUCGCACCCUGGAACUAUUCCUGGGCAUUUUGAAUAUAAAUGUUUUUGGCUGUUUCGCAAGUUUGGAAAGGAAUGUACACGUAUACAUACAUGGUUUAGAACCACAGUGAUGCCUCCAG